UCAGGCUUAAAGAUGCAGUGGACCCCCGAACAUGCACAGUGGGCAGAGCAGCACUUUGACAUAUCCUCCACCACCCGUUCCCCAGCACACAAAGCAGAGGCCUACAGGGGACAUCUCCAGAGGACCUACCAGUAUGCUUGGGCCAAUGACGAUAUCUCUGCACUGACUGCCUCAAACCUUCUGAAAAAGUACGCCGAAAAGUACUCUGGUAUUCUGGAGGGUCCUAGUGAGCGAGCGCUGCUGUGCACCUACUCCGAGAGUGCUUCUGGACCUCUCCUUAAUGGGCGCAAGUCAGAAGGAGAACCAUGGCAGGAGGGAAUUUACCCAAUGAACUGCGCCGCAGACGUGAUUUCUGUAAGCAAGGCUGGAGUGACAGCCACCCUGCCCCCGACGGACGUGUCUGCCAGCGUUGGUAGCUCCUCGGUAGCGGUGAGUAGCCUGAGUGAGCCCAGCUAUUCCAGCAGCAACUGUGGGAGCCACACACCGGCUGCCCUGCAUUCCGCUAUCCCCUCUCAGGAAUUUGCAAGCGGCUACAAUGGUUCCUACCUGCACUCUACGUACAGCGGACAGAACACGCCAGCCCUACCCUCCCCUCACCCAUCACCGUUGCACACUGCUGGUCUCCUCCAACCUCCUCCACCCCCUCCUCCUCCUCCUCCUCCUACUCUGGUGCCCAGCUACAACUCUGGGUCGCCAAAUCUCUCGAGCUACAACUACCCUCCGGCAGGGUAUCCCUCACAGACAGCCAUCGCCCCUGGGUACAGUCCUGGGGGGGCUCCCCCUCCAUCGGCCUAUCUACCCUCAGGCAUUGCAGCACCCACACCCCUUCCCCCCUCAACCCUUCCAGGCUACUCCUACCAGUCUCAUAACCAUGCGCCUAUUGCACCCACACCUCUGAAUGGGAGUUCAGCCAACUCUUUGAAAAGGAAAGCUUUCUACAUGACAGGGCAAGGAGACAUGGACUCCAGUUAUGGUAAUUUUAGCUACAGCCAACAGCGUUCCACACAGAGCCCCAUGUACAGGAUGCCAGACAACAGCAUCGCUGACUCCAGCAGAGGAAAUGGAUUUGACAGAACCACUGAGGGGGCAUCCUUAGCAUUCAAACCAACAAAGCAGCCAAUGGCAUCUGAUCAACAAAGAAAAUUCAGUAGUCAGUCUGGCAGAGCACUCACACCUCCAUCAUAUGGAUCAGCCAAAGGUUCCCUUGGACCCCUUCGUUCUGGCGACACAUUUGGGAAGUUCGGCUCAUCCGUCAUGAACGAGCACAACGACGAGCACAGACAGCACAUUUCCCAUCCCAUAAGUGGCAACGCAGUGGCCACGGCCACUUCAUCCAGCCACCCUGCAGAGGAGCAACUGAAGAAUAGUGACGCUAGCCUGGUUGAGAUGGUUACCACCGAGAUUCUCCAACAGUCGCCCCCUGUGGAUUGGAGUGAUAUUGCAGGACUGGAGGUGGCGAAAGCAGCCAUUAAAGAGGAGGUUCUGUGGCCCAUCAUGAGACCAGACAUGUUCAGUGGACUGGCCACAUUACCACGCAGCAUCCUCUUGUUCGGACCUCAGGGAACGGGCCGGACUCUGUUGGGCCGAUGUAUGGCAAGCCAGCUGGGAGCUGCAUUUCUGCAUCUUAGCAGCUCGGCCUUGGUGACCAAAUGGCUGGGGGAUGGGGAGAAGAUCGUCCAAGCCUCCUUCCUUGUGGCACGCUGUCGGCAACCCGCGGUGGUGUUUAUCAGUGAUGUGGACAUGCUCCUUUCCUCCCAGCUUAGCGAGGAGAGCCCGGUCCAUCGGAUCAAGAGCGAACUGCUCAUGCAGCUGGAUGCCAUUUUGAACUCCAGUGAAGAGCAUGUGCUGGUGGUUUGUUCUACCAGCAAACCCGAGGAGAUCGAUGAGUCGCUGAGGAGAUACUUCAUGAAACGACUUCUUAUCCCACUCCCAGACAGCACAGCACGUCAUCAGAUAAUCAGCCAACUGCUCUCACAGCACAGCUACUGCCUCAGUGACAAGGAGAUCAACCUGCUGGUCCAGCGAACUGAGGGUUUCUCCGGACUGGAUGUGGUCCGGUUGUGCCAGGAGGCAGUAGUUGGUCCACUACAUGGCAUUCCUGGUGCUGACCUAUCAGCGAUCAUGCCGGGUCAGAUGAGACCGGUUUCCUACCAAGACUUUGAGAACGUCUUUUGCAAAAUUCAGCCCAGCAUAUCACAGAAGGAACUAGACACAUACACAGAAUGGAACAAAAUGUUUGGUUGUAGUCAAUGA